AUGCGUACCUUUUACUUGUUCAUGCACCUGUCAGUGAUCAUUUUCACAGCAACAGAGUACGUUGAUAUAUGGUUCAUAAAGUUCGACAUGAAUUUACUCCUGAACAACUUAAAGAUUACGAUGCUUGCUACAGUGAGCGUUGUAAAGGUCACGACAUUUUUGUUCUGGCAGAAGCAUUGGAAAGCGAUUAUAAAAUACGUCAAUAAAGCGGACUUAAAGCAACGAGGCAGCACUGACGACAUCAAAAAUUCGGUCAUUGACAAACACACCCAAUAUUGUCGUAAGAUGACUUACCUCUAUUGGAUGCUAAUGUACACAACGGUCGUAAUAGUAAUGACGCAACCAAUUUACAAGUUUGUGGCGUCAUCUACAUACCGAGGGAUGGUUAGGAACGGCACUGGAUCCUACAUACAAGUGGUUAGCUCGUGGGUGCCGUUUGACAAAAAUACGAUUUCAGGACACGUUAUCGCGUCGAUAGUUCAAAGCUACGCUGCCAUAUACGGCGGAGGUUGGAUCACAUCAUUCGACACAAACUCCAUGGUCAUCAUGGUUUUUUUCAAAUGUGAACUGGAACUACUGAAAUCAGACUGUGCAGAUAUAUUUGGAACAGAAACCAAUCCUGUUUCAGAUCAUAUAGCGAAACACCGAUUGAAGAAUUGCUAUAAGCGGCACGUGGAAUUGAUAAAGUACACAAAACUGUUUGAUUCGUGCCUGUCGCCCAUCAUGCUUCUCUACAUGUUCGUUUGCUCCGUGAUGCUGUGUGCCACCGCUUAUCAGAUAACUGUGGAGACCAGUGCGAUGCAACGCUUUCUGACUACGGAAUAUUUGAUUUUCGGCGUUGCUCAACUAUUCAUUUAUUGUUGGCACAGUAACGACGUUUAUUAUGCGGUUAGU